AUGUCUUCCGAUGGGAUUGAGAAUGCAAUCAGUGUUCAGACCUGGUCUGAAUACAAACAAACACGGUUCGGGGACAGCCUUGCCACUACCGAAGAUACAGUUUUUCCAGAAAAGGUAAUCAUUCGAGUCAGGCAGGCACAUUGGGUUGAGUUAUCAAGAAUUUGGUCCACCUGGGAUGAUAAUGAGAAGACAUUGUUCAGAGGGAUAUACGGCGACAUCGUAGAGCUGCUGAGAGUACCAAUAAAUUCAGUGGUGAUUCGAGCCCUUGCCGAAUGUUGGAAUCCAGCUUACAGAUGUUUUACUUUCGGUAAAGUAGACAUGACCCCUACCUUAGAGGAGUAUACGACUUUGCUGAACAUUCCGAAUAUUAGAAGACAUUCCAUUUACACCAAGGCAAUUCGACCUAAAGGGUUCAUAGCCAAGAUGAUCACGUUGACGGGAAAGACCAAGGAGUGGGUUGAAGAGUACAUUCGUGAUGAAGGGAUCUCCUGGGCUCAGCUGAAGAGUUUAAUUUACGAGCAAACUCCGUCGAAAGAAGAAGAGAUCACUUCGCACUUGCAGUAUAUGUGUAGACGAUUAGGGGGAGGUCAAUUCAUCGGAUGUGUUUCACUAUUACUAGUUUGGUGGUGGAGCCACUCCUGGAUAGUCGAGAAAGGCUGGGCUCGGAGACAUCAAUCAAAUUUUUCACCUCUAGUGGAUUUCCUCGACAAAUGCCAAAUCCCAGAGCAUCGCAAGAGGAAAGACUGGGUUGAAGCUCUCCGUAACAUGAAAGAUACUGAGAUAGUAUGGAAGGCUUAUUGGUUACCCAAAGAGGACAUACUUUUUAGGUGCGGUAAUGAUAGUUUUAUAAUGCUACACGGAUUAUGGGGAGCUAUCGGGUAUACUCCGCUAAUUGUACUCAGACAGUUUGGUACCCGACAGUUCGUACCAGCUACCCAUGGCCUGAAAGAGGCAGAGUUUUCUUUCUCUACUCCGGGUUACCGAGAGCGGAUUUCAAAGAUCUACGCGGCUUGGCAGAAGCCUCAAUGCAUGAGCUUCAAGAUGAUAGAGCCUGUAUUCACGCCGGCCUAUGAGGUUUGGAGGUCGCAGAGAAUUAACAACAACACACCUAAGCCAAAUUUAGAGGACCAGUUGACUAUGGAGGAGCGAUUGAGGAGGCUCCCAACAGAAACAGAGUUGUUAAAAGAGGAAAUGCGACUGAUGAAUUUGAAGAGAGAAAAAGAACAGAGAAGCUUUUCGGAGGAGAAAACAAUAUGGGAACUUGAAAUGAUUAAGAAGGACGGAGUGAUAAAACAAUUGGCCAAGAGAAAGAAAAGGUCCAGGAGAAUUUUGAUGCGCUAA